AUUGACAUCUGUUGUGCUUUUCUUCCAUGGAGACCUGCAUCACCAGGCAGAGCUCAGGACGGGACAAGAUCAAAUGCACUUGGCCAUGCUACCUUAGAAAAACGUGUUAGUCUACGGCUAAUCUUUGGAGAAUGGAUAAAACAGGUGAUGUAAGUAUCAAAGUUAACCAAUGGCAGAGACUGCUCAAGUGGCAACGGGGUCCGAAAGUGACUGAAGAUGGAGAAAAUGGAGGCAAGGGCGAAGCAAAACAAAACACCAAUCCGGAUCAAAAGUUGAAAGUCAAGUGGACCGAGUGGGUGUUUGAUCCGGCAGAACAGUUUUAUUAUGUCUGGUUACAGGUCAUGAUAUUUCCCGUCGUCUAUAACUGGGUGAUCAUCAUUUUGAGGACGUGCUUCACUGCAAUUGCAUUUAGAUACCUACCUGUGUGGCUUACACUGGACUACCUGGCAGACCUCAUGUACAUGGUUGACAUGAUAAUCACUGUCCACACAGGUUACUUGUAUCAAGGCAUCCUGAUCAAGGACCUUUCUCACUUGAAGAAGCGCUACCUGCACUCUAAACAUUUCGUAAGGGACCUGGUUUCAUUGCUUCCCACAGACUUCCUCUACUUGGUCUUUGGCAUCCAAACUCCGAUGGUGAGGAUCAAUCGCCUUCUGCGUAUACCACGACUGGACGAGGCCCUGGAUCGCAUGGAGACAAGAACCUCCUCCCCCAAUACCUUCCGUAUUACCAAGCUCAUGAUCUACAUCUUUGUGCUGAUCCACUGGAAUGCCUGUCUCUACUUUGCACUGUCAGGCUACAUCGGCUUCGGAAGUGAUCAUUGGGUCUACCCCAACAUCAGCAAGCCUGAGUUUGCCUCCAUGCGCCGUCAGUACUUUUACUGCUUCUGGUUCUCUACCCAGAUUUUCACCACAGUGGGAGACACCCCACUGCCAAAAAGGGAAGAGGAGUAUUUGUUUAUGAUUGCUGACCUGCUCAUUGCUGUGCUGGUGUUUGCUUCCAUUGUUGGAAACGUUGGCAAUGUCAUCACAAGCCUGAGGGACCGUGAUAAUGUCUUCUUUCCUAACCAUGAGCUGGUGAAGGCAUACCUGCGUAGCCAUCACAUUAGCAAGGAGCUUCGACAGCGAAUUGACAACUGGUACCAACAUCUUCACAUCAACAAGAAGAUAAUGCGAGAGAAUGAAAUCCUGCAGCAGCUUCCCUUACAUCUGAGAACAGAGAUUGCUGUGAGCGUUCACCUUCCCACGCUCUCCAAAGUCACCAUCUUCCAGAGCUGUGAGAAAAGUCUUCUGGAGGAGCUGGUGCUUAAACUAACACCUCAGGUGUUCAGUCCAGGAGAGUAUGUCUGCAGGAAAGGAGAUGUGGGCCAUGAGAUGUACAUCAUCAAAGAGGGAAAACUUGCAGUUGUUGCAGAUGACGGGGUCACAGAGUAUGCUGUGCUUACUGAAUCCAAUUUCUUUGGGGAAAUUAGUAUCCUCAACAUCAAAGGCAAUAAGUCCGGCAAUCGUCGUACUGCCAACAUCCGAAGCAUUGGCUACUCUGACCUUUUCAGUUUGUCCAAAGAAGACCUGACGGACGUGCUAUCAGAGUUCCCUGCAGCCAAACGUCUCCUGGAAGAGAAAGGCAGACAGAUCCUUACCAAGAUGGGCAUGUUGGAGGAGAAUGGGGAGGAAAAGCAAGGGGAGGAGGAAAAAGUUGAAAACAAGAUAAACAGGUUAGAAAGAAACUUGGAAAUUCUGCAGACAAAACUCGCUCGACUUAUGAUGGAAUUAGAGUCGAGCAAUCAUAAGAUGCAGGCCAGGGUGGACCAGCUUGAUUUAGAAGUGGCAGCAUUAGAAAAUCAGCCAGUAGAAGAUGGGGAAGAAAGAGAAAAAACAGAUUUAAGAGGGGAAGGGGUGGGAGGGGAGGUUGGAUGGGAGCGAGAAGAGGCUGAGGGAGAAGAAGAGGAGGGUUCAGAUGCAAAGGUUAAAAAACAAGAAAAGGGGGAAGAUGAUAAUAGUUUGACCAAAGAGGUAGAUGGAGAAAGCACAAAAAGUACAGAGGGAGAUGUAGAAAAGAUGUUAGAGGUAGAUCGAUCUGGGCUGAAGGACCCAGACGAUCAGGAAAAGAAAGAAAAAGAUGAUAGUGAAAAAAACAAAGAGAAAGGAGAUGACAGACCUGGGAAAGGAGAUGGAGCUGAGAUUGAACCUGAAGAGGAAAAAGAAGAGAAAAGUGGUGUGUUAGAUUCUGAAGAGGGGGCAGAAAAGGCUGAGGAGGACUCAGAAAAUAAGGACAAGAAGCAGGGAGAUGAAGGCCAGACUAAAAAUGAAUGAAAAGGCAAUAUAACAAAACAACAGAAUGUUAAAAAAAAACGUGUGUAUUAUUGUCUGUUUUAUAUAAAAUACUUUAAACUCAAAACCUCAACAUUUCAUUUCACACUUUCUGCAAUACAAAUGGUUACCACUAGAUUGCAGCAUUGUAUUCACCACUAGAGUUCAAGCUACGUGACAGAUAGGUAAGCCUACAGAAACAUACAUCUGAAGACUACUGCGAGCUUUAAAGAAGCGCUUUUACGUAUAAUGGUAAUUACAGGGACCUUCCAAGACAUACAAAUAUAAAUCAUUUUGGUGAUAGAUUAUCCUGAACUUUUUCCAUAAUUCCAAAUUUAGUCUUCAGACUGUUUUCAAAGGUUUUUUUGCAAAAUCUAUGUUUACCCAUGUAUAUACUGUAUAUGUCACUGUUCAUGUCUAUUUGUCCAAGGGAAGUACCAAUCAAAUACUGUUUUCCUUUGCUCGGGAUCAACUUGAAUAUGCGGGGAAAGCAGCUACAUCUCUUAAAUAUCUAAAUCACCUGCAGGGCAAUCCGCUCCUCUUGAGUUGUGGUUUAAAAACACACAGUUAAAAACAUGAAGUUUUAAAUGACUUUUCCAAGAAAAUCAUAAGUAAGCUUUCAAGACAUUGUUGCAAAAAUAAAACAUUAUUUUGAAUGUAUUGUAUGAUAUAAUUUGAAUUCU